CUAAUAAGCAAGAUGUCUACUAAUGAGAAUGCCAACGUAGCAGCAGCUCGCUUGAACAGAUUCAAGAACAAAGGAAAGGACACUACAGAAAUGAGAAGGCGGCGUAUUGAAGUCAAUGUAGAGCUGAGGAAAGCUAAGAAAGAUGACCAGAUGCUUAAAAGAAGAAAUGUUAGCACUUUACCAGAUGAUGCUACUUCUCCCCUUCAGGAAAACAGGAGCAAUCAGGUUUCAGCACACUGGUCAGUUGAAGAAAUAGUCAAAGGAGUUAACAGUAAUAAUAUGGAGCUUCAGCUACAGGCUACUCAAGCUGCCAGGAAACUCCUCUCGAGAGAGAAGCAGCCCCCCAUAGACAACAUAAUUCGGGCUGGUUUGAUUCCAAAGUUUGUCUCCUUCUUGGGCAGAGCAGACUGUAGUCCUAUUCAGUUUGAAUCUGCCUGGGCCCUUACCAACAUCGCUUCUGGCACGUCAGAACAAACAAAGGCCGUGGUGGAUGGAGGGGCUAUUCCAGCCUUUAUUUCACUGCUGGCCUCUCCCCAUACUCACAUCAGUGAACAGGCUGUGUGGGCGUUAGGAAAUAUUGCAGGGGAUGGCUCUACCUAUAGAGAUCUGGUUAUUAAAUUUGGUGCAAUCGAGCCGCUGCUGAGUCUACUAGCUGUUCCUGAUCUCUCUUCUUUGGCCUCUGGCUAUUUACGCAACGUUACCUGGACUCUCUCAAACCUGUGUCGCAAUAAGAAUCCUGCGCCACCCAUAGAAGCUAUUGAGCAGAUUCUUCCAACUCUUGUUCGGCUCUUGCACCACGAUGAUCAUGAGGUGUUGGCAGACACGUGCUGGGCACUUUCCUAUCUAACAGAUGGUUCUAAUGACAGGAUAGAAGUUGUAGUGAAAACCGGAUUGGUGCCACAACUUGUGAAACUCCUGGGAUGCAGUGAACUGCCAAUAAUGACUCCUUCACUAAGAGCCAUAGGAAAUAUUGUCACUGGUACCGAUGAGCAGACGCAGAUUGUCAUUGACUCGGGAGCGCUCUCUGUCUUUCCAAGUCUUCUUUCUCAUCAUAAAAGCAACAUUCAGAAAGAAGCAGCAUGGACAAUGUCCAAUAUCACUGCUGGACGGCAGGACCAGAUUCAGCGAGUUGUAGACCACGGUCUUGUACCUUACCUCAUUGGUAUUCUGAGGAAGGGGGAUUUCAAAUCUCAAAAGGAAGCUGUGUGGGCCGUGACUAACUACACCAGCGGUGGAACAAUUGACCAGAUCGUGUAUCUCGUUCAGGCUGGUGUUGUUGAACCCCUGCUGAAUCUCCUCUCAGCUAAAGACAGCAAAACUGUGCUAGUGAUCCUGGAUGCCAUUUCUAAUAUCUUCUUGGCUGCUGAGAAGAUCAAUGAGACUGAAAAACUUUGCCUCAUGAUUGAGGAGUGUGGGGGUCUAGACAAAAUUGAAGCUCUCCAGUCGCAUGAAAACGAACAAGUGUACAAAGCCUCAUCCACCCUGAUUGAGAAAUACUUCUCAGCAGAAGAGGAGGAAGACCAAAACGUUGUACCAGAAUCUACUGCUGCCAGCUACACUUUCCAAAUUCAGGGCAAUGCUCCAGAUACUUUCAACUUCUAG